GACAGAGAGGAAACAACUUGACUGCCUUUCCAGUUCCUAAACACAGCCAUGAUUUCCACUGGAAGUCUCACAGGACUUUGGAUGAUGACACUGCUGACUCUUCACAGUGCCGAUCUGGGAGAAACUAGAAGAAACUCCUUGAAUGAGCCGGACGUCCCCUUCCCACCUGCCUGUCCCACUCCUCAAAACCUGGCGGCCAUUUGUCAUUCCAGUCAUGGUCGUCCCAGAUACACAGCCAGCUACUUCCCACGCUCAGGUGCCAGCCACUUCAUCCGCCGUGGAAAAGCCAUCAAUCACCUGGAGUCCUGGUUCAGCGUGUGCUGCAGUGGGCAAGUAGCACAGCAGAGCGACAAGAUCCUCUGCUGCGCCGUUCAAGCGUGGAAACAAGCCUUGUCCCAGUUCUGCCAGGAAGAAUACUCCACCAUGAGUCCCGCUUAUGAGUGUUGUCAGAAAAGUGGAAACGAAAAAUGGAUAUGCUUCAACAGCGACCUGCCGAACCCCCACUACAGCCCCACACCAGGGUACACUGCACCCACAGUCCCUCCACAGCCGGGAUUCACAUUCAACCCCCAAGACUGCUAGACUGAAAGAGACAAAAGCCAAAAAAUAACUGAUGGCUUUGUAAAAACAUUAAGGUAAAUACUGCUUCCUAUCCUGCAGGUUUCCAGACCUGAACAGGACUUACUGGUUUGGCUCAUGCUCUGUAGAGAUGAUAUUAAUCAGACUUUCUUAUGCAACUUCAUCAUUUUAAUGUAGUUCCAUGCUUUUUUUUUUAUUUUUUAUUAUAUCUCAAAUAAAAUGCAUUUUUCACUGUAUUACAUGUGGUUAAAGGAAU